ACACAGCUGGAAAGCGCUACUGGAUCUGAUUUUCUUGUUUCUCUCGUGCUUUUCCCUGAAGCUUUCAUAAACAGAUGGCAGAGGCUCAUUAAGCUGUUGUCAGGACUAUUAAUGACAUUGUGAACACUUUCCGAAGCUAUGUAUGCCUUAGGGCUUUCAAUUGCCAAAGCUCAGCCAUUAAAGAAGGUGUGAGAGUAACACAACGCUGCUGUGUGCUGCAAGGUGAGGGAUGGAAGUCAUGAAGGAAAUGUACACACAUGGUUGACAGACUGUUAGCAGUGGACUGACAUUAAUGAUUUCAUUUAAGAUGGAGUUGAAAAAAAAUACAUUAAAUUAUUUACUGUGAUUCCCAUUCAUGUACCGAAUAUUUGGUUGCUAAACCCUGGCAUAUACUUUCUAGCAGCAGUACUUCAGAUUACACUAAGAGUUGGGAGAUAUGCUAUAGAUGUAUCGACUGUUUUAUUUGUAUUGAUGGCUAUACAGCAAAGAAAUAGGUCAUAUUCUGUGCCAUUUCCUUUUGAACGGAGCAUGUUGAAAAUCGGUUCUUAUAAUGUUUGUUGAUGAAAUUGAUAUAGUCUUGCUCAUUUCCCAGCAGUCCUACAAGUUAAUGUUGCAGAUUUUUUUUCAUAGUCAUAAAUGUGAACCUCAUGGUGGUGCUAGAGGAAAGGCGUGGAGUUCAACAAAGUCACAGAUAGUCAUCCUUAAAGACACAUGAAUGCCUACCCCGAAUCUCGUGGCACUCCAUCAAGUUGAUUUUGAGACAUUGAUUCAGCCUCAAUAAAAGUUUUGGACCGAGUGUUGCUCACAGAGGUCUAAUUUCAAAUUCACGUGUUUCAAAAAUCUGUUUAAACUGAUUUGUAAUCAAACUGGCUGCAGUCUUCCAGGUGUUUCCAAAAGACAUUUUGCUAAGUUUCUGGGUAAUCACGCUAACAAAUAAUGGCUACUUAAAAUCCUGCAUUUUACCACGACCAAAAAUGAAUCCUGCUGGACCAAGAGCUGGGUGUUGACUACCUAACAACACUCUGAGACAACUCGAGGUGGACUUACGAACUGUGAGGUGUGAGGUAGUGGUUUUCUGCCUGCCAAGCACAAACAGGGUCCUGUCAUCAGUCCUGUUGUUUAUUUUCAUGGUUUUGAUGUUGAAUUAUGGGUAAAACAAUGCAGAAAUGCAAUGUAGAAAAAUGAACUUUCAACAUCACCUUGGUGUAGGGAAACAGGGGAGGCCACAGUGAGAGCUUGCAGAGCUCCAGACUCAUGUUGUUGAUCCCUUUGUGGUCACAUGCAAACCUAACCCUCAUGGGAUAUCCUCUCCAAGGGUUAGAUGGUGAGUGUUCGAGAAUUUCCCAACUGACCCUGCAGAAAUAAUGCAUAUAAAAAGGUUGAGCAAAAUCUUUGUUGUUGUUAUUGUCUUACUUUUACUGUGUUAAUAUCAGCACUAGUCAAUCGAGGCAAAAGAGGAUCAGAAUCCAUCUGUAUGCCUGAAAUGAAAUGCAAUAAACACAGUUCACCAAAUAUUAGAAAGUUCUGGGGAAUGUGGAGACAAAUGUAUGUGGCUCUUUGCUCUAAUCUUAAUGUGGAGGCAUGUGUGUGUGUAUCUGCUUCGAGCCUCUGUCAGCUUCGAACUGCGGUCUGUCAGACUGUGAUUCCCUCUAAUGGUCUAUCUCUCCCAGCAGAUGUACUACUCUCUGCUCCACAGCUGCAUCCCACAUGUUUUCAUGCUGUUGGACAAGGCAGUUAUAUUCUUUUUCACCUCUUGGAGUUGUUGGUGGUGGUUGCAGCAGUGGUGGUAGUGGCAGAUUCCUUUUCUGCACAUUGUCAUGCCCCUAACCCUCCUUUACAUCCAGAAUACUGCAGAAGCACUUUGGCUAUACUUGGUCCUGAAAUAUCUCCACUUGGGCAACGUAAAGAAUGUUACAGGGUGGGGGGUCAGAUCUGGCAGGGUCUGCCAUGGCUUCAUAGCACAGUCAUUUCCAUAAUUGCCCACAAUCAAACCAACCCCUCCUGGAUUCCUCCCGCUCCAGAUUCCUGGAGAUAAGCUGAGCUGGGGCUCUGGUGAGUGCCGGAGACCCCCGAGUAAGAACAGGUGCCGCCAAUGUAACUGAUUUCAGAUUCUUUCUGUCCUAUCUAAAAGAGAAGGGAGAGGGGCUGUUGUUUUCCCGGUAAUUGCCCUUUUUGGACAUUGUCUUUUGUGCGGCUAUCGUGCCACUUCUCUAGAAAAGGGGCAUGAAAGAGGAACUGUCCCACAUUUGGUCUGGUAUAAUCAGGGGCCAAAUUAGGAUGCCUUACAGUAUGCACAACCCUCGGUCAACAAAUUGCCGGGCAGCAGGUUGUAGUGAUUGAUUCCCAUUGUGGUUGAUUUUCCACUGCCUGACACAUGUAAUUCUUCAUUCUGUGGCUACCAGAGUAAACCUUUUUGACCAUAUUUAACAAACAAAGUCAAACACCCAUGACUCAGUUUGUGAUGUAACAUAAUAUUCCCCGUUUUCAUAAUGUCAGUAUCUUGCAGAAACCUCAAAGCUCUACACUCAAUUAUUCAAGAACAGAAAAACUAAUUUAUUUUGAAAGUCUUUUAGAUUAGAUUCAGAUUCAACUUUAUGGUCACUGAACACAGUACAAGUACAGGAACAAUGAAAUGCAGUUUAGAUUCUAACCAGAAGUGCAAGGUAGUAAAGCGCAAGAUAUAAACUGAAUACGAAAAAUAUAUAUAUAUAUAUGUGCAGUGAAUAUGCUAAAAAUGUAUACACGGUGUUGGUUACUGUUAGUUUUUCUGGUUAUAAGAAAACUGAACAUUUAAAUAGAAGUGGAAGAUUCUAAAAGCACGUGAACUAACACUUGAGGGAACUUUUUGAUGGUUUGAAAGUUAAGAAUACAAAAAUAUGUAAAGAAAUGCAUCUGCUGUCAAAUGCAAAGAGAUCAAUACUAUAUAUUACUGCAUUUCAUAUACUUCAUGUCAGACCAUUUAAAACAUGAAACGUUUGAAUCACUUAGUAAUAAAGCUCUCAAAAUGAAAAGCAGUAAGACAUGUCUGAGACAGCGUGUAUGAAAUGGGUCGAGAACUUGAGAGUCUACCUAAGAGUACGUGGUUUUAUUUUGUUGACAUCAAACAAAGUAAGGCGGAAGUGGACUCGAGAGACAACUUUCAUUAUUUCCACGGUCGACGGAGUUCAACAUCUCCCACUGCCUCCCACUCUCCGCUCCCCGCUCCUCCAGGUGACUGUUUACCUCGACGUGGACGCGACUGUGGCCACAUGCGCGCACCCGCGGAGUCAUACGUCACCGUGCUCGCUCCUCUUCUCGCGCGCUGGUUAAAAAGAAGGAGGAAAGAGCACGGGAAAACAUGUGAGCGGUGUAAGGACUUUAGUGAGAGACAACUUUUAUGUCUUAUAUGUGUUUUUUUGACCCCGUGGCUGCACACACACCACCGUGCUGUGCUUAAAAGGAAUUACAUCUCAAAGGAACGUCACGGCUCUUCAGCAAUUCACGCUUUACUUUUGGCUUUUGACUUUUUGUGUUGAUCAAGAAAAAUUGUGUCAGUGUGUUACUUUUUUAUUUAAUUUUAUACUUAUAUUAUUUCGGAGCUGAACUAUGAAAGCUGAAGCAAAAUAAUUUAUUUGUAAUGCCUUUCGUCAUUGCAGUGAAUCAUAUUUAGGACACCUGCUCUUGUAAAGAAAAAAAAACAACAUAUUGGUAUUUUUUUUUGUUUUUUUUUGCAGGGACUGGUUUCUGCUGCUUUGACCAUUUAUACAGCACAUCUUGAUUAAGAAUAUACAAUACAUCACAGGUCAACAUUUUCUCUUAAAAGAGGAGAUUUUUUUUUCUUUUACAUUUUUCUUUUUUUCUUUUUUUUUUUAAACUAUGAAGCAUUUGCAAUUCGUUCUCGUCCUGGCCAUCGCGGUCAACUUGUGGGAAUGUGGAGACGCAAAAUUCGGCGAGAGGGGAGAAAUUAGCCCGAGGAGGAGAAGAUGUUACGACGGAAGCAUGCCCAAGCGGCUGAAGAAAAGGGAGCGAAAAGUGUUGCUUGACGGCAGCAGCAGCACCAGCAGCGGAGAAGUUUGCCACAGGUUGUAUCCCCGCGUGUCCUGCUGUCCCACCAGGAGAGCCGCCUUCCAGAUCCUGCACCGCAGGGAUGCCAGAGUAGGUUCAUAUCCCCUCUCUCUUCAGACCACGCUGCGUUUUUCUUCACAUUGACAGACUGUUUUAACUGCGAAAACUCCUCGGGAGGUGCAUUUACAACCCCCGUGUGUUGUCAUUCUGCCUCUUACUAUAACAGCUGGGUUUUGGGGAUGGUCGGUGGGAAUUGUCACGAGCUGGGCUGCCUCUGAUAUUCAGGUGCAUGGUGUUUUUAAUACACUUUGAGAUGCAUUUAUCGUUUCUUAGGGGUGCUCAGUGGUAGAUGACCUUGCCAUAUCCCCUCAUAUCUGGUAAACUAAUGCCCACAUUUACCACGUAGAGUCUCCGUUUAUGACAUUUUACGUACAUUUGACGUUAUUUCGUCGUGGCUGUUACAAAUGUCUCUUUAAAAGGGAUGUUACAGUCCUCUCUGGACACCCUGUCUUUUCGGUGGCUUUUAUCUACUCGCCUUUCUGCUUAAACUACACGUAUAAACCCCUAGGUGUCAAAGAAGUCUUGUCAUUUCGAUGCCAUUUCACAUUUUUGCGCAACUCUUAAUUCGGCCGUUCAACGCGCUUUUGUGUUACCAUGGUAAUCACUCGCCGAUUUACGUUACUUCUCGUCAGUCAGCUACAACAGUCCGGAGAGAAAGAGAGAGAGCUAGCGUAAAUGUUGAAACGUUGUUUCAUAAAAGGUAGGACCCUGUUUUGCCUUUGAAUCAAAACGUUGGGCUUUUUAACUGCAACUGUGUGCUGCUGUCUCGUAGUUUCUAUCAAUGUCAGUCGUUGUCAGCUACAUUUCAGUGUAAACAUGCGAGAAAUUCGCUUGCCUAAUGUGUUCACGUUAUCCAUAAAGUUCAAAUAAUUGUACCAAACUCGUGCUUUUUACUCAGUCGAGCCAUAUUUCUCUAUCCUGACGGCGACUAAGUGUCGAAAACGGUUUAAUUAUCGUUAAAACAAUGGUUGAACCCCCUCCUCCUCCUCCCGCUCAGUGUCUGUAAGGCGAGAAAAGGAGAAAGAAGGCGACUGUAUGCGCCAAACUUGAAGCGGAUUCCGUUGGAUCCUCACCGGGCCAUUCUCAUGUAAACCACGCAGCGAAUCAUUCAGUGGCUGGGUGGUAUCUUACUUUGUGUUGCGACAAAAAGCCAUAUUGCAUCAUUUAGUUUGCUCAAGUCAUGCAAAUAAGAGGGGGGAAACUGAAUAGGAAGAACUCGACUUCUCCUCCUCCCAACUACACUGCCCACACACGGAGCCUUUUCUGAUUAUGGUAAAAGAAUAACAACAACACCAUUGUGUUUGUUGGUUUCACUAAUGGGAGAAGCCGGAGAACAUCACUCUCCCUCGGUCAUCAGCCCUGUCCAAGUGUUAAUGCCUUUGAGAGGGUGUGUGUCCCUCGCUAUAUCCCCCCUGCCAACCAACUUACACCUUUUCCCAGAAGACAAGUGUUUUGUUAAAGCCUAAUGUUGCCUACACCAGUGCCUUCUCAGUCCCUCUCACCAUUUUAAGGUUCUGUAGAGUGACACAGGAUUUUUUUUCUUCUUUGAGUGGCAUUGUAUAUUGAUAUGUUUGUUCCGGCAAUUUCAUUGGCAAAAGCUGUUAUGCAGAUGCUAUCUUGGAGAGACAUAAUCCUGUAACAGCUGUUCUCCCACAUUAGGCUAUGCAUUGCAGACUGGUGCGAUGCCAAGUUUUGAGUGCGUCAUGUACACAACUGAAACAGCUUGGGAACAAGUUAAUGACAAUUUUAUUUUUUUAACACCAUGAAAGCCCUUUGACUGUUUCAGUAUGUCCUCAACAAAAGUGCAACAGCUGAGCUUCGUUGCCAGUUUCUCCCUGCUUUUGAGGAACAUACUCACUCACUGAGAUUCAGCAAUGGACAACAAACAAAGGUCCACUUGUUCUGGUUUGGAUGAUGGCAACAUUGGAGCCCAUCCCAGCAACAUAUGGACACAGGGCAUGGCUGAGAGCACACAAAUGCCACUCUCCAUGGACCCUGUGCCAGCCCAUGGCACACGGAAUCAAUGGGCAAUUUAGAGCAAGAGGGCAGGCAUGCCCACAAUACUACAUGGCAUGAGUGUAGAAGGCACGCAGACGGAGGAACACACCACACAUGCAGGGCCAUGACAGCCAGCCUGGAGCUCCCUUUUUGAGCAAAACAUCAACAACGAGAUGAAAUAUACAAUGUGGGAUUUAAAUUGAAGUUAAACUUUUGAACCUGAAAUAGACUAUAUUUCCCUCUCUUGUUUGUCUGUUAAUCUGCAUUUUGUUAUGAGAGACUGUAUAUGUUAGUAUUUUUUAGAGUACACUCCAAUGUUUUUCCAGAGGCUCUGCCACCUGUUGGCUGAAUUACUCCUGCAACACAAAGUCCUUUGCUUGUUUCAGUUUGCUCUGCAGUCAGAGCAAAGUGUAAGGCAUCCAUAUGUUGGCCCUGGGUCCCCUGGUCUAAUUGACUCCGACAGACUGCUAAUUUGUUGAUACCAGAGUGGGAAUGAUGUGCCUGUCUAUCUCUAAAUUGGUGUUUACACAUGGACCUCACACAGAGCAAAGCACUACCAGCCUGCCUGCUUGCCUGGCUGCCCAAGCAGCGCUGCUCUUGACCUAAAACAGAUUACAUUGUGUUUCAUUACAGCUAAUUUGUUAUGUAAAUAAUCCAGCUAAUUUCUUUCGGAUUAACUCUUUGUGUACUUUGGUGUAAUGGCCCCAAGUCAGGCUUUGGGGCUCUUAUUUAGCUUCAUUCAUUUCAUGCCUUGCAAUCUGUCAGACAUAGACAUUGUGCUUUGACUUUAACUGCUUAUGAACUUGUGUAAGUAGGCAUUGAAUGAGAUGAUUUCUCUGUUUAUUUCCUCUAAACACACCGGGUGGUUCAGCCUCAGUGUUUUACAAAAUUGGUAUCAGAGGAUAUAGAAUUGGAGAUUACAGAAUUUGUUGCUCAGUUCGGCUAGAAUCGUUACAGCAUAACUAUUCUUCAGCUAUAUGUACCAUAUUAAAAUGUUAAGCUAAAAAAGACACAAGUAAAUACCACUUUCUUGGAUAAAUUUUGUGAUUAUUAAUUCAGGCUUUAGUUAAGAACUUUAGCACAUUGCAUAUCACUGUCUCUCUCUUCAUUUGUCAUUCUGUAGAAGAUGCUGUGAGAAGAGGAGAGUCUCUGAGUGAUCAAACUAAUCAGUGCAAUUCAAACCCUGGCAAUGACUAUCCAUCCAACCACACGCCAAAUCAGCUUGUCAUGUAGGAUAAAAACAAAUUCCAGGAUGACAUUGAUGUUUAACAUAUGAUGCUUCAUGAGGAGAUAAGUUUAUGACAUCUAGAGUUGCUUCAUAUUCUGUUGCCAGAGUACUUUGUGAGUGUCAUAUUGGAGAAGAUUUUGUUCUAAUGCUGUUUUUUUUUUUUAUUCAUCCAAAUGUGUUUCUGAUUUUUAGAGAUUACAGACUGUAUGUGUCGUACCCUGGAUAGUUUUGACUUGUGUGUCUGUGUUUGGCUUAAAGUGGUAUUUUUACACAUAACAUGGGCUGACAUGUUUGUUCAACAUUGAGAAAGUAAGGUCAAACUUUCAAGGGCAUUGGGGUAGAAAAUGAACCCUACACUCUGGACUACCUGGUAGUGCGGUUGUUGAGAUGCUUUGUCAGGAGGCGUCCUACUUAUCUUGAACAACAUGUUGUCUUGAUUUGCGAGACGUUAAGGUAGAAGUAAAUGUUAACAACCCACCGUUUUAAUCAUUGGUCUUUGUUGCGUGUGGUCUCCAGAUUUUCUCCACCAACAACACAGAAUGUGGACGUCUCCUGGAGGAGAUCAAGUGUGCCCACUGCUCCCCCAAUGCCCAGGUGUUGUUCCACUCCUCGGACACAGACAAGAUGCCACACAGAGAGCCAGACCUGCCACGGCUCUGCCAGGACUUCUGCCGCGAGUUCUACUACACCUGCAGGGGUCACAUACCAGGUAAUUAGACUGAUACUAAUAACCAUGAAUGUGACUAGAAUUAUAGCCCCUGUGUGGUAAUCUGAUGAUUCACUAAUAAACAACACACAUGAAAAGGGUCACGAAUUCAGACAAACUUGAGCUAUCAGUCUGUAAGUCAUCUAAAAUGAAACAGUAAAUUAACUUAAAUGAACUGCCAUUCACAGCAGACUCUAUUUUUCAUUGAGACUCAGCCUGCACAUGUAGAACUGGCAGAUUUUUGGACUUAUGCAAGAAGUGGUGCGUCAGUAGUCUGGUCUGUGAAUAUUUAUUUAUCCAGCUCUUACCUCAUCUGACCUCACCUCCAUUUGUUGCUGAGCUUGUCUCACUCGUUUGCUUGUUUGCUGCCUUUACUGUUGCACUUUAAUGCAUUAGCAUAAUUACUCUGCAAAAACUGCCUAUACAGACACAACACCAGUUUGCUGAUAAGUGUGCACUGCAGACUGAUUAAGCACAUUUGGCUUAGCAAAUUGCAGAGCAAAAUUUGUGCUUUUACAGUGUUGAGUCUUGCUGUGUUUAUGGAACCAGGUGCAGAAAGUUUUGUUCUCUUGACUCUGUUAGGUUUAUCCAGAUUUUGUAGGUUUAUUUUAAUCAGCAUAAAUUUGCAAAAAUUUGACCUUUUUUUCUGAAGACCUUGAGCGCAGAAACAACACACAGAUUUGAGGCAUUUCCUGACAUGUGAAUGGAAAAUGUUUGGUUUGCAAAGGUGGAUGUGAAAACAAAUUUCUCACAUGCACUAACAAACACUACACAGGACCAACCAGUGUACCAGAGAACCGGACUGGAACAAAAUCGAUUUUUUAUAACCUGGAUGCUGCACACAAGACUCAGCUCCUGGAGUGAAUGCUUUACCUUGGAUGCAUGAGUAUUCCAGCUAUGGUCUAGACAUGACUGCAAGUCACCUUAUACAGAAACUGUCAAACUUGUGUCUUUGUCUCUGCCACCUUUCUUAACAUUUGAAACAAAGUUGGAAGGUUGGUUUACAAACAGACCCUGAGCUAUACUAUGAUAUCACCAAAACCCUUGGUACAAGAAAAAUCAUAUUGAUGGAUAACUUUUCUUUGUAUGUGGUACUGUUUAAUGAUAAGAGCCCUUCUGCACUCUGAAAACAUUCAGUCUCCAGCAAAUUGCCUUUGAGAUGCAAGAUCACAGGUACCUGUGCCUUUAGAGUGCAUACCAAACAUGAUCAAACCCUUUUUGACUGUCUUCUCUCCCGCAGCCAAGUCUUCUUCCAAUCUCUGUCGCCACUAACUGAUUAGAUCUGCUUGGAUUUGGAAACAGAGAGCAGUUUCAAACACACUUGUCUGCAACCCACCCACAUGGUAUGCUGCAGCUCAAGUCAAAUACCAAACACAUACAUUCCACUCAGGUCCAUCCUAAUCUGAAUCUAAUGACCUGCUGCCAAAUCUUGUACAAUAUUUGGCGUACAAUUAAAGCUGGGGAGUAGCACUCUGCGGAGCAUAGACAGAGGCAAGCAAAGAUGACUUGUGUGGAGUUGGAGUACUUGCUCAUAAGCUGUCAGACAUAUGGACUCAGAGUCAAACCAAAAAGGCAAGAGAACCGUAUCCAGUGAAAGACCCCCCCCCCCACAUCUUCAUCGUCAUGCUCCUCCCCACUCGACCCCCCCCCCCUGAAACCCUCCACAGAUCAGCAUAUGUGGUGACGAAUGACACAUUUAUUUUUCUACAAAGGUUGUGUGUAUGUAAAACUGCCGAAGUGCAUCAAGAUGUCAAGUACUUUGGGUGGGCCACCCAGGUUGCCUUGGAAGAUAACCAGAUGGAAGUAUAACUUAAGCAGGGGAGCCGGGAAUAUGGACAGAGUUCUAUCUCUCUCUUUCUCUCUCUCUUUCCUUCUCUCUCUUGUCCCUUUUCUUUUUCUCCUUUCUCUCCUCUGUCUGUUUUCCCUUUCUCCAUUUUUUAAAUCUCUUCACUCUCUGCUGUUGUGUAUAAAUUCAAAUGCUCUUCAUAUUGCUUUCCUAUCUUUUUUCAGUUGAAGUUGUUGUAUUGUAGGUAUGUUACAUUUGAAUUUGAGUCAACACCCUUGAUACACAGUAAUUUAUUUGAUUUUCAAAUAUCUAAGGAAGUAAAUUGAAAGUUUUUGCUUUCAAAUUAGUCCUAAGAUUUUUUGUUAUUCAUCAUAUACGUAUAUUUUUGAAAUGAUUUCUAUUGUCCUUAUAAAAGCGUAACACCACAAAGACCAUCUGUGAUACUUCACUUUUGCAAAUACCAAGUAGCUGCGUAAGGGUAUUAAAAUGAAACAGUAGCCUUUACAACAUCCUAAACUGUCAUCCCGCUGCAGUGAAACCUUCCUACUGGCCUUUGAUUUGGCCGUUUACUUAGCCCCCAUUUUUCUAUAAAGACAUUUACUGCUUUGACUCUAACUCCUUACUUGUAGGCCUCCCACCUUACCCUUACUCCUCUUCUCCUAUAUCUUCCUCCCCUUUUCACCCCCUCCCCUCCUCCCUGCACCCCGAGGUCCCCAACCAGCAUGGUUAAGAUAACUGCAGACACAAGUGGGUGGGUGGUAUUGCCAGAGCUGUGUGUGUGUGUUUCUUUGUGUGUUUGAUCUUCAUGUUGUGUUUAGAUGUUUGAGGGGAUAUCCUAUCACCUCCAGUAUUUGGUGUGGUCAGCACUUGUGGUCGGUGUGUGGCAGGAGAGGGAGAUGAAAGGGGGGGACAGGGAGAGUCCUGUUUGUGUUUUUAUCACUGGUGUAUUUGCUCUCCUCUGUCCUCCCAGGGAUUGACUAAAGGAAACAAUAUUUGCAAGAUUGUUUUUAGGUCGCAGUGGACUCCUGAGACCCUCUGCACACUUUGUUUUUUUGCUGGGGAUAAUGUUGUGUCUGCACAGGCUGGAGGCAUAGCUAUGUUUAAUGCUAUGUGUAUGCAGAUUGCUUGUUGUUUUUACAUGGAAGCAUUUUAGGUAAACCAGCAGGCCAAAGAGGAAUAAAGAGGGAAUAAUGGCAGUUUUACCUUGAAUGAACAUGCUUGAUUAGCUUUAAUUUGGAUAAAGGAAUACCACCAAAAAUUACCAGGAUAAGAGAGGAACCCUUUACAUGAGCGACAGAGAAGGGAAUCACUCAUCUAGGACUGAAAGGCAUACAGCAGAUGUACUGUGUGUGUGGAAUAGACUAAUGUAGCAAGAUGAAUAACUAGGAUGACAUAUUACUGAUAGGCUGGUGCAUGUAGAAAUGUAUGGUUGAAUUUCCAAGGGGUCCCACAUAGAAAACAUCUGGAAUAUGAAACAGAGAAAGAAGCGCCAAAACAGCUGACAAAGAAAGGAAGCUAGUGUUGUAGUAGUGUUGUAACUUGUGUUCUACUAGUGACUGAAGUGUGACAGUGGGUAAACAUAAGAGCUCCAGUUAUGUGUAGUGGUGUUUAUCAUGGUAACAUCUUUUAACUCACUAAGUGUAUGUCACUCUCUCUGGUAAAGCUCGGGCAAAGCUGUGUCAGGAAAAUGUUUAUGGUGGUGGUAAACUGCCCCAGGAUUCCCAGUCAUCAACCAGACAGCAGGAUACCUUGUUAAAAAUGAACUGUGGGCAUUUCUCAAUCAGUGCAUUUAGCUCAAGAACCUUCCCAGUGAUAGUCCGCACUUUCAAACCAUAACUGGGAGGUUUUUUGGCAUCUUUGCACCACAGCUAACAACCUUAACUAAAUGUGUUUAAAAUUGUUAUAUUCAUCAUUCAUCAUAUUAUGGCAUUAUGGUUCUUGAAAAAAACUUUCGUCAUGUUUUACUAUACUAUCCCUUGAAACAUUAGCUACAAGUUGUCACUGGAGUUUUUGCCUCUUUCAGACAGUAUAACACUGAUACCAGGAUCAUACGCUUCAGACAAGCAGUCCUGUGAUUUAAUGAUUCCAGUAUUUUGCAGUCACAUAUAGCUGACCAUCAUCAGCAUAUCAGUGGGAACAAUUCCACUGAAGAUUUUGGACAAGAAGUCUAAUUAAAGGAGGUUUAAGUAGAUUCAAAGCAGACAGCCCUGAGGUAUUUUGGGUUCCAACAUUGAAUAAUUAAAUGUUUAAUUACUAUAGGAAGCCCACAGUGUUAUUUCAGAUAUUCUAAACUUUAACUACACAGGAGCUGGGCCCAAGACUCUAAAUUAAUUUUCCAGUUGCUCCAGGAAUUUGUAGUGAUCUGUGUCAGAAGCAACACCAAAAUCUGGUAAUAGAAACAACAACAUGGAAUCCAAAUCCAUUGUAAGCAGAUGAUGGUUGAGUCAGUGAAGUGCUAUUACGGCUCACAUUUGUGGGCCAGAGAGGAGCAUCACAUCUUUGUUUGGCAAAGCGUCCAAUGAAUAUCUCACCCUGUAAACAUUUUUGUUUAUUUAGAAUUACAUGCCGUAUUGAGCAGGUUGAUUAUUUUAUUUCGCAUGCUGUGCCCAUGUGUGGCUCACUAAUGCAAAACAGUCAGAUCUGUUUGAAGGAACAACAAGUGGCUAAGUCGUUUAAAGUGAUUCACUGCAGAACUGUAGGGAAAUCAGAAUGCGUUCCAAUAAUUCAGUGAAUGCACUACGUCUCCAAAACUGCCACUCGGUAUGUCUCCGAUAGCUGCACCAAGGAUUUUUUUUUUGUUUUGCUGUGCUGAAUUUGACAGGUGCUAGUAAGCUGUAAUAUAAUGAGUCCCUGAAGUUGUAGAAAUAAAUUCAUUCAGUAUGCUUGAACAUUAUCCUUUCAUGGGCCUCAUCAGGAGAGCGUUUUAGACAUUAUUUUGUCACCAUCAUUCUGUUCUUUUCAAAUCAGUUUUUAUUCUUUUUUGAUGAGGGUUUGUUGCUAUGGACAAUAUUUUUGUGGAAAACUUGUGAAGUUUCAUGUCGAGAUUCGUUCCGGCUGUAUGAGCAGAAGGCCAUUGUCAGCUGGAGCGGAAUAUGAAAAUAAUUGAACUUGACGUCUUGAAAGUACUUUGUGUUAUUUUGUGGCAAUGUUUCCUCCGCGUCACUUUGUUUUAGAUGAGUUUUAAAUUUGUUUUAGAGAUAGUUUUUAUGAGAGGUUUUUCUCUGCAUGUAUCGUUUCGUAAAGAGAGAGAAGAUGAUCUGGUGGUGAUGGCAUUGUAAGGUUCCUCUUGCUCUCACAAUCUCAAGUUUGAAGUUUAUAUUGCUUGUUGAGCUUGUCUGAGGUGAAGGUUUCCAUUGUUUUUUUCAUGGCAUCUUUUAGAGCAACACUACUUAGUGAAUGUCUCAACCACAGCCAGCCCUUGAAUGACUCAUGAACCAACUGGUACAUUAUAUUCUCAGUGCUCAGGAGAUAAAAUUACAGACAUUAUAACACCUGAUCUUGCUCUGGGUGUAUUUCAGAAUCUUUAACAGACUCCAUGCUGCCACAGAACAGCCACAGUUCUUUCAACAGAAAUUCAUCAGGAAAGUAUCUUUUCACAAAUUAAAAACACUGAAAUUGCAAACUUAGAACGAGAGCACAAUCUUGUAGCUCUCUGGAGGAGACAACUGCAGAGUUCUCGCUCGUCUGUGAUGGAUUUUGUUUGGCCCACUGUCCCUUCACUUGUUCUUUCAGCCUUGUGCAGCAAGAAUUUGGUUUGGCUCAUCAAGAAUAAAUCCAUCCUUUCCCAACACACUAGCACACAACAUCCUUUCUCUUUUCCCUUUUUUUCUCGAUUUUUUUUCUCCAUUCUCUCGAACCCAGAGUUAUAUAUUGUAAAACAUAUGGUACAUUCAAACACAAACAAACGUGCACUGAGCCUAAAUAACUUAAGAAGAAUUGUAUUUGGAUCUUUCCCUUAAGCCUCCAUAAGCCCUGUGAAUUGAAUCAUUUAACCGUGCAGUAUCUAUUGCAAGUGUAACACCCUGUCUGUGUAUGUAUCUGCUUUGUUGGCUAGAGCUGUUCCAAGCCGAUGUGGAUGAGUUCUGCCAGUACUAUGGGAGGAGAGAUGCCAAUCCAUGCUUUCCAGAUUUUCAACGAAAGCAACCACAAGGGCAAGAUUCCAACUACUUGGGAGAUGAAAAAAUAGAAGAUAUCAGCAGGUUUGUGUUCUGAAUUUAACCAUGAUUUAUUCCAUUUGAGGAUUGAAUUACAGUAUGGAAGAUGUUUAUAAUAUUAUUUUAAUGAGCUCUGGCUGGUUUUGAGUUUUUUUUCAGCCAAGGGAACUCUUCUCUAAGGCUUUUAGGACACAUGGCAUACAAUUCUCAUAUAGACAGGCAUUUCCUUGGUCAAAUGUUCUGGAUUCACGGGUCCUUUUUGCCAUGGUCUAUACGAUCAGACAGAAAUGCUUUGCCAUCUCCUCUCUAAUCCUAAAGUUUGUCCGGACUGCGUUUGCUCAGCUUUGCUCACAUAAUGAAAAUGCUUAUCCUGCGUCAUUUCUGGUUGCCUCCCUCACUGCAAAGGUCUGUGCAUCAAUCAGAGCUUUGCCCCUUUUGUCCAUGGGGGGAUGCCUUUUAUCUCCUUUUUUUUUUUCGGAGGCAAGAAAGCCAUGCAGCACGUGCACCUGAAUAUCUGUAGCUAAUAUUCAGUCAAAAAAUAAUCAAAGUUAGUCAAGUCAGAGGUUCAUUUGAUUGGGUAUUUGUGUAGAUGGAUGGGGAAAGGUUUGUUUGUUCAUUUUUUUUUUUUUUUGUCAGAGAUCCCUGGUAAGCUAAUGUCACAGUCAGCCAGGGUAUAGGUUGCAGCUGUUUGAUGCUUUUUGUGCAAGAUGAAGAAAACAGAUAGAUCUUAUGGAUGUUAUUUACACACAACACUUAAAUUUGGACACAAGCGCCAGUGGUGGGCCCUUGUAGGAGGGUGACAUGUAGCCAAAAGCUGUGGGAUGAAAUUAGAGCCAGGCCCUAUGUCGUAAGAGUUAUCUUCUGUAUUUGAGGCAUGCACUCUACCACAGGGGGGCCAAUAUGUUGUCUAUCUUGGCACACAAUAAAACAUCUCAGAACUGUCAGUGACACUUGUGCUUCUCUGUUUCAUUUCACUCUUUACAAACUGAAACUCGUGUGGUUAAAAGUAAUUAAACUACAGCUGAGAGGAAACACAGUGGGCUUGUGUUUGAGGAAAUGCACAUAGUUUUGUAAUUUGUCGGAUGGGGAUCGAUGAAAACUCCUUAAGGGUUGUUGAAAAAAACGGUUGUUAUAUCCAUUGUCUGAUGAUGGUAUGUUCUACGGCUUACUUCUCCAUCUUACUCACAUUUCUAUCAUACCCCUAAACAGCUGGAUUAUUUUCCACUGCCACUGGCCUCUGACCUUCUUUAAUCCUUCUUGUUACCCAGGAAACACAAACACAACUGCUACUGUGCCCAGGAGGUGUUGAGUGGUCUGAGGCAGCCGGUGGCCGUGGUGCACUGUGGGGACGGAUCCCAGCGGCUCUUUGUCCUGGAGAGGGAGGGAAUUGUCAGGAUUUUAAACCAUGACCUGCAACUUAUCAAAGAGCCUUUCCUUGACAUCCACAAACUGGUGCAGAGCGGCCUGAAGGUAGGACUCAGCCUGCUGUUACAGUGUUUAUAUUUUCUGAGGAAAAUUUAGUAUGGAGGUCAUUUGAACACACAUGUAAAAAGGAGAGUAAGUAGUUACAGAACAUGGAUGAUAGAGCAUGAAAUAUUGUGCGCUUCAUUCAUACAUUAAGGCUGUAUUAUGGAGGACCUAUAACAUAUUUCUUGGCAACACAACUGUGUGCACCUAUGUUAAAGUGUGAGGUGCAUCUCCAGCCAAGACAAAUCCCUUGAAAAUGGUGCCUGCACACUAUUAGUGUUUAAUUAUAUAAUUACACCAAACAAGCAGCCAUUCAUCAAAUGUGAUUGUGGCUAAUCAUUAGGCUAUUAUCUGCUAAUUAACUGUACAUACAGCACACAUUGUGCUCACUGCUAAUUUUCUGCUAAUUCUCACAAGAUGGGUUAAUGGCUUUCAUAAUCUCUCCCAUAUUGCUCCUAUAACGUUCUAAUAUCCCACAUGGUGACUUACCCAAUACUUUACACAGUGACUUACUCAGCACAGCACAUGUUGGAUGGAAUGAAGUCCAAAAAAUGUCUUUGAAUUUUAACCCUGUCCACACUCUCUAUUCUUCAACAAAGAAGGAAAAGAGGCAGGAUUGAAGGGGCAAUUAAACACGAUGUGAGGAAAAAUAAUUAAAUCUACUCAUUCAUUAUUUUUUGUAAAUAUCUUCUUAUGCUUAUUAGAUUUUGUUUUGAUUUUUUGUGUGUGAAAGAUUCAGUGUUUUUCACCAGUUUUGUGAACUUCUUCUUCAAGUAUCUAUUUUCUGAUGGGGCUGUUAUUGCACUACUAAGGAAGAAUUUUUGGGCAGCAUGCAACACAGUUUAUAGCCUCUGUUGCUCUGGGAAUCCCACAUGAAUAUCCCAAUUGCAAGAGCACUGUAAUCCACAGGGAAAUAUCUCGCUAUUUAUUUAUAAUCUGCAAUCCUUGUUACAUCUAAGAUUUUGAAUUUGAUAGUUGUUCAGAAAUUGUUUAGACCGCACGAGAUGGAAUUGCUGAAAUGUUUGAGGGACACACUCCCAGACAGGAAGUUUAUCCAUCAUGCAUGCCACUGCUCCUCUACUGACAAGACUCUUUGCUUACAAGGAGUGAAACAGAGCAGAGCAAUUGAAUAUGCAACUGCCCCCUGCAUGCCGCAGCUCUCACUGCUCGGCUGUGCUCCCUUAUCAUUAUGACAAUUAGAUGUGGCUCAAUCCCCCGCAGGCCCCAGGAGUCCUAUUCUGUGAUGAUGGCUGCCAGAACAGGCUCGCAGCCACACGGAAUGAACAGAACCAGGGGAGGGCUAAGGUGUUUACUGGUAGCAUCAACAGGAUGGUGGUGCCUUUAUACAGAGAGAGGAACCCAGGUCCCCAGGAGAGAAGCUAGAUAACGGGUUUAUCAUCAGCUUCAUGCACAUGCUUUGAUUGUAAUGUUCUGUGUUUCCUCCUGCUCCUCUAUUCCCCCCUCCUUCCUUGGAUCCCCCCGGUGCCAAUUAAGCUGAACUGCAUUGAAACAAUGCUGUGCUGUGGUGGUGUGGGCUCCUAGCUGCGCUGUGGGUGUUCUUCUCCUGAAAUUCAAUCUCUAUAUACUCCAGUCCCCAACCACCACCAACCACACACACAUUCAAACACAGUCUAUCCAUGUCAUCAUCACAGACUCGCUCCACAAUUGGCUCGCAUUCACACACCUCUAACAUGAUGGUUGAUUUGUUGACAAACCCCCUGAUUGGACAGCGCCUUGCUUAAGGUUGUGGUUCAGAAUUGGCCCAUGUUGUUGGAAUGUUUUUAUAGUACAUCACUGUAGUUUUGAGAACAGAUAUUUGAGACUUAAAAUGCAGAAAUAGGAACAAAAAAACUGAGCAUAUUUUAACAUUUUUAAUUCCACACUAUAGGAGCAAAACCUAAAAAAGGUUUUGCUGCAAGCACUUUAGUUUGCUAUAGUCUUCAUCAUAGUAAGGAGUACCGCAUAGAGGAAGAUUAAUCAAAAAAAUGCUUGAAAGAGAUCAAAUAAAACACAAGUGUAGUCAAUAUCCUAUACCUUCUCUAGUACAAUACUAUGUCAAAGUACUUCAACUGUUGUUGAUCUUGUAAAAUUAUAUUUUCUUAUUCUGUGCACAAUGGAAAACCAAUGUGGGUCAUUUGAAAUUCAAAGGUGUCAAAAAUCGUGAAAGGUCAUUCUAUAGGCCAGCAUAGCUUAUUGAAUAGCAAAUAUUGGAGCACAAGAGAGCUCUUUUACAGAUACAUGACUAGGGCUGGACGAUAAAACGAUAAUGAUAUAUACCGAAAAUUAAUUUCCCUCAAUAUUAAUAUAAAACAUGGUCAAUAUGCUUUUCGAUAACCGGCAUUCUGCCAUGUUUUGGUAGACUAUACGGAUAGCCAAUGAAAAGGGGAGUUGUUCCAGGUCGGCUUCGCGCUGAACCAAUCGUGCUGAAUUAGAGCCAAGUAACAAACAACUGCAUAGUAGCAGGCAGAAAUGCAGAUGAAGACAUAGUCGACAAUGCUGGCAUGGAAAACAUCUGUGAUGUGGAGGUAUUUUGGUUUUUUGAGGUCAGACAUGAAGCAGAGUAAUGUGCACUGCAAAUUAUGUCAAGAACAUGUUCUUGCAAAGUCGGAAUACCUCAAAUCUUUUUAGCCACCUGAAGCAGUGCCACGUGGCAGAGCACGCGCAAUGCAAAAAGUUACAAACCCCGAGUGGAGCAAGGAGCCCAUUGGGCCUGUGCAGCCGAAACAGCCGACCAUUCAGUCCGCUUUCUCUAGCGCCUUACGACAAAAUGUUGAAGAGACAAAGACCUCAGAUGCAGUAGCUCUUUAUUGCAAAAGACAUACUACCAAUAAGCACUGUUAAAUUUCAUUUUUUAUAUCGUGAUAUAUGUCGAAUUGACUGAUAUGAAAAAAAUAUAUCAUGAUAAACUUUUCCCCAUAUCGCCCAGCCCUAUACAUGACCCAUAGUUGUACAUUGCAAAAGGUGUAUGGAUAAUACCAACAUCUCACUGUGCACCUUUACAAAGUCCCUAGAGAGUAACAUCUGUAAAAGUGGCUAGAAGUUUUUUAGAUUAAGACAUCUGCAACAGCCUUGCGUUGACAGUCCGCUGACAUGUAUUAGCCUCUGUAACAGGGGCGAGGGGGCCUGCAAUGAAAUAUUUUACUGCAAAGACAAAUAAGUCAUAGCAUGUUAUGUUUUCUGUCCCUGCAUCACUGACAGCUGCUCCACAUUCUCCGUAUCCAUCAGAUGCUUAGAGCCACUCUCAUACAGCACUAACUGAAAUAAGUGGCCUCGUCGCCUUUGUUUUCUCUGGCAAAAAAGGGUCAAACUCAUACUGAUCUCUCAAUUAUCCUCAGACACUGGGAUGCUUGCAGUGAAAUGGUAACACUAUGGACCCUCCAGAUGAUGGAUUAUAUCUUUUUUGUGGUUGGUGGGGAAUUCAUGGAAUUGCAAUGUGCUCGUUACAAGAUUUAUGUAUCAACAGAUGGGAGGAUUUUAGUGAAGUUUAGAUUCUGCUUGCAAAAGACAAAGGCAGAGACUGCACAGGAUGUGAAUGGAAGGGAUAAGUUAGUGAAGAUGCUCCAGGUUGUGUCUGAGUGAAAGUUGUAGACAUCGCUGAGCUCCAAUCAGCUCAUGUGGAAUGUCUUUGGUAAAGGAAUGCCCCACGAGCCAGUGAGAAAGGAUCAAAAGGUUCAGAGCAACAAUGCAUGAGCCAACGCGUGCGUCACCAGGACUCAAAGACAGCUGGCCCUGCAGAAUCAGAAAUCAUAGCGCUGUGUGCAUCACUCUGUCUGCUACUCAGACAGCAAAAAAUCCCAUGUAAUGCACCGUGAGAUGUAAGAUAUCAACCGCUGCUCGUCCCUCCACCUCACUUUCCCAGCUUUUUGUGGAGUGACGCCAACUCUUUGACAGUGCCAAAGCUGGAGUCCCAGAGGACAAAAGUGGAGGGGAAAGAGGAAUGCAGAGGCAGGUGUUUGUAAGAAAUGAAGAGAUAAUACCUCAUGAGAGAUUCAGUCAGAACCCCCUGCCUGGCUAUGAAGGAAUGAUGGUGGCCAUAAAAACACAAUACUAUUCAAAGACCAAUGAAGGGAAAUGCAAAAUAACCCCUUAACCGAACACAUGCCGUAGGUGAAAAAAAUCAGAAUUAGUAGAAUAAUAGAAAUACACAAAGAGAAAGAUGUUCAAGAUGUUCAUCUAUGCUGCAGUCGACUUUAAAUGUGCUAUAAAAGAAGAAACCCAAGGCUCACUUUGUGGCUGAAAAUUUGAGAGACAAAGUUUGUUCUCUCUAAACUCUCGAAAUGAACUCAUUUGCUUGGUGUAUUGGUUUUGGCAGGUACAACUUCCCCACUGCAGCUCUGGCAGCAGUUUCUUUAUGAUCAAUGCUCGGGAGCCACAGGUUGGCACUCUGUCUUCUUUUAAUCAAGGUGUCAUUCUGGACUGGCUCUGCAGUGUUUGUUUCUUAUGGCUGCGCUGCCAAUGCUGCUGUUCUCUUCCUGCUGAAGGAGCUAGUCACGAGCAAGGAAGCCAAUAUAUCAGACUAUUUCAACACUGUGUAUCUUGGUGGUCCCCUUUGGGCUCUGUUUUUAGGCCUCUCUGGUAAGGGGUCUUAGACACUCUCCCUACGGUCAGUUUAUUUUGGGGAUGUGGGUCACUGCAUAUGGAUCCAGCAUUUCAGUGAAGCUUCCAAAAUGAAACUUUUUGACAUUUUUGGCAGAGUACAGUCUUGUCAUCUCUGACUAAAGUCCAGCUGUACAGUCUACUGCAUCCAUUACCCACAUAUCUUCUUUUUAUUUGAUUACAAUGAUUUAGUUAUCUCUUUUUUGGUUUGUUUCUGGAAGAACACUGUCUUUGGUUUUAAGCUUUAUUUAUCGUCUUUCACAACAUUUCACUUCAUUUCAAAUUGAUAGAACCCCUGUGACUUAUCAUGUGGGUCUCUGUUGUUGCUCAGUGGUACUUCAAGAACAUUCUUUUGUGGAGAGUCAGCUCUUUUACGUUUGUGUUUGGGCCAUGUCAGUGUUGUGUUUGAUUGGGCCGGGUCUAACUCAGUCCAAACAGAACAACAAGAUCCAAUACACCAAACUGCAACGUGUUUGUUAAGUUGUAGACAUGGACUACACCUACUCGAAGCCUAGCAUUAUGUUGAAACCGAGAUAUUUUAGUAGAUGUUGUACUCUAAGUAAAAGAAAGCUGCGUUAAUAGUAGACACAACGCUUGUUUUUUUCCAUAAGUUAGAUAACUCCUCUGCACGAUGCUCACUUUGACUAUUUUUAAUCAUCUCAGGAAAAGAAAGGAAUCAAGCUGUUUUGGAGGGAUACAAUCACACAGGGACCACUUUAUAAACAUUCUUCACACCUAAGCCUAGCAUUCUGUUCAUUCUUUUGUCAGGAAGAAAUAGUGAGGCAGAGUACAACAUAAAAAAGGGCCGACCUGGCUUGCCUUGCCUGGGGAAUGAAAUGCUGUAGCUGAUUAUUACAGCUAACUAUGAUGGGAGGACCACCAGGGGAGUGACAACUGAUGUAGCUGCCUCCGGGGUGAGACAAAGGUUUACAUAUUACACAAGCAAUUUGGAUGUUUUCUAAACAUGUUGCCAAGACAGUGGGAGUUGGCAGCUCUCUGCUCGCCCCCCAACCCUUUCCAAGUCUUGGAUUUUGCAUGGGUUUGAUGUGGACUGGGACUGAGUGAGGGGAUGAGGAGCAAAAAGCAUGGACUGAAGCACUCUGCACUUUUGUGCUCUCUAUGAACUGUGAGUGAGCUAAUAAAUUCUUUCAGCCACUCAGCGUAGCAUUCACGGAUAUCCCCCAAAGAUUACACACACAAAUCACUGCACAAUGGAGGCCACCAGGAGGGCCGGGGCGUCACAGGGGCCCCCCGACCCUUUGGACAAACGCACAUAACCAGGCUGCAAAGAAGACUGGGUAAAGGCGGGGGGUUGCAGAGGAGGUACAGCUCUACCCAGAGUCAAAUGCUUUAUAAUGGUUGGUAAUGGCAUAUUCAAGUAAGUUGGUGAAGGUGUGAAGUGAAACAGGCGAGGGUAGGAAAAGAGAGAAUGGAAGAAUAGCGGGGGUGUGAAAGAGAAUGUGAUGGAUAAAUAAAAAAGGGGGAUUAGAGAGGUUGGUGAAUUAGAGGAGGAUGGGGGUGGCUGGGUGUGUAGGGGUUGCAUGUAGUGGUCUUGGUGAUGAUGAAGAUGACCGAGGGGGGUGAUUCCAACCCCACACAGGCGAGCAGAAGCCAAAGAGGGACAUAAUUAACUUCUGGAUCUUUUGUGUUUCUCAUCUGACUGCAGGGCGGAGAUGAAAGGGGCCUGCUAAGCCUGGCAUUCCACCCCAAUUACAAGAAGAAUGGCAAGCUCUACGUCUCCUACACCACCAACCAAGAGCGCUGGGCCAUCGGACCACACGACCACAUUCUCCGUGUGGUUGAAUACACCGUUUCGAGGUAAUGGGAGAAGUGUGGGCCAAAUCUACCCUAAAUAUGGGUCAGUCACUCUCUGAGAGGAAACCAAAACUCCAGCUGCCUCCAAGUCUACCCAACAUGAAACUGACUAUUUAUUGUUGAGGAUUCCAGUAGCUGAACAUGAAGUUUGUUGUCUAGAAUUUAGAAUUUGAGGCCCCCUUGUUGAAAAUUUUAAGACAGUGUAAUUUCUGGUCGGUUUUUAUUUAGUUGAGUUGUUGUAUACUGCUGGUUAUGGCUUUAUAGUUCAUAUAAUUCCAGAUUGACAUUUACCUACAGAGUCCUGAUGACAAAAAUCCAAGAGGAACUGAACCCAAUAUUGGCUAUUUCUCACCACCAACAUUGAUUUGGUGCAUUUUUCCAGUGCCCAUGGCAACCACAGUGAAAACUAAAGCUUCAGGAGGGAGGAAUUUUACUGAGGUGAACUUUUUGGCUUAUGGGGAUCCAGAAUGUAGGUCAUCGUCCUGCCUAACUUACUAUCAGUGCACACAGUUUUGCUGAAUAUGUAGCUGGGGGUUCACUUGCAACACUCUGAAAUGACACACCUGUGAUUAAGGAAACAGUCUCCUCUCACGAACGUGUUUAAGUUUUCAUAAUCACAGUUGUAUGUUUGACUUAAUGAUCUAAUCUUAAUUACAGUCUCAACAUGCACAGUCUUGGUGACUGCAGUGUGAAGUCCUUAAAUUAAGGGUCCAAUAGAAAGAUGACAGUAAAACGUUUGAUGAUAGUUUAUGAGAGUCUUUUUUUGUCUUUGGAAAGCAGCUUUUUUUUCAAGGUAAAAUGGAAGGACUACCCAAAAUAACACAUUAUGAAAUAAUUGUUGCUGAUACAGUGAAAACAGAUCUUGUUGUGCAACAUUUUGCAGUCUGUUACAUCUCCACCCACUGUCUUUGCUUCAUUCGGAAAAAGCAACCAGACUCUGAGUGCUCAGACAACGAACAAUUUAAAGUUAUUUAACCUUAAAUUGUGUUUGGUAUGUCAGCAUUUUUUUAACACGUACCUCUGGUUCACGUUUAGAGACGGUCAUUACGCACUCAUAUCUUACACAGCAAAUAUUAAAUUCGCUGCAGAUAUUUAGCUGCUUUCACCUUGAUGAAAGACUAGCUUCAAGGUAUUCAAAGCAGCAUUUGUAUGAGACUGUAUUUCACUGUGCAGGAACUGUCAUUUUGCACCUUGUCACAGAAACCCGGUGACAAUGACAUGCAAUGUUUUCCUCAGAAAAAACCCGAACCAGGUGGACACCCGGACUGUUCGGGUACUGAUGGAAGUGGCAGAGCUGCACAGGAAGCACCUUGGGGGACAGCUUCUGUUUGGUCCAAAUGGUCUGUUGCACAUCAUCCUGGGAGAUGGCAUGAUCACACUGGAUGAUAUGGAGGAGAUGGAUGGACUGAGGUGAGAGCAGAGGUCAAAAUACUGUAGUACAAUUGAUAAUGGGCCAGUGUAUGUCCCAUAAUUGAAUCCUUAUUUAGCUUCUACCAUUGUGAAUCUGUAUUUUGUGUGUGUUUGAAUGCAGUGAUUUCACAGGGUCUGUCCUAAGGGUUGAUGUGGACACAGACUCCUGUAUGUCACCUUACUCCAUACCCCGGAACAACCCGUACUUCAACAGCACCAACCAGCCACCUGAAAUCUUUGCUCAUGGAUUACAUGACCCAGGCAGGCAAGUAAAACAUGAGAAACCACCAGCAGUGUUAAACUAAGGAGCCAAACCUCCUCAUCACUGGGUUGCUGAGGACUGUAGUUUGUUGGUGUCAAGACUUGACAUUUGUCCCCCCCUUGUAUUGAUCCCUGGUCUUUUGUACUGUAGGUGUGCAGUGGAUCGGCUGCAGACAGACAACGGGAGUCUGCUGAUCCUCUGUACAGACGCCAGUGGCAAAAACACAUCAGCAGGAAGAAUAUUGGAAAUAAUGAAAGGAAAGGAUUAUGGUGAGUUAUAAUUUCCAUGAGAUUCUCCAAAAUCUUUAAAAAAAAGUUUUCUAAUUUUCACUUUUUCUAAGAUUAAAAAAAAGAGUUUUGUUAUUUUGCAAUGUUGAAAUCGCUCGUGAUUAAAGCAAACUUAGCUUCAGUUUUAUUAGAUGACAUUACGUAUGAAGAAAGAAACGAAAAUACAUUAGCCUCUUGGAUAACCUCGCUCAUUUAUUCUGCUGAAGAUGACAUCUGGUUUCACAAAUGUCUUUCAUUGUGUAAGAACAUGAUGUUUUGGCAGCAAGUUUAGCAAACACAUGGGGUCAAGUUCAGAGAUAGUGCCGGUUAAGACAAAAAAAAAAUCACCCCCUGUGAAGAAUAGAUGGGAGAUUUUCUCUGUAAGAAAGUUUUGAAAUAGUCCGCAACAAAAGGUGUCCAGAUGAUGGUUUGAUGUUGAAAACAACAAAGGGAUCUUGUUUUUGGGUUCGUUUUUUCCUCUCCGACUCAGAUACUUGUUCCAAAUUACCUCAGGUAUGUCAGCGUUUUCAUUAAAGUGUCAUUAAUCAAUUUUGUAGCUCACAUUAAUCCUGUAUCUGUUGCUCUAAUUCAAUAUGCUUGUUUUUAUCACACUGUCAACCUUUCAUCUGGCCUCUUACUCAAUCUUAAAAAGGAAUGUAGCUUAAAAAAUGAGCAGACCAGGUCUUGGAUCAUAAAUUUUGAAAGGCAGCAAACCUCCAUUCAUGUUUUCCCUUGCCAAGAAAAUUGCAAUUCAAAAAAAUCUGCCACAUUGCCUCAUAAUCUUAAUCAUUUAAAAAGAAAUACUACAGUCACUUUCAAGUAUGAUAAACACAUUUUUAACCCAAGUUUGUUGCCAAUAGUGAAGUUGGGUUAAUUAAAAGCCGUUAUAAAUCAAUAUUCACUCUUUGGUCUUUCUUCUUAUUGAAGCUGUUUUCCCUAAUAGCAACCACACAUCCAUUUUUUUAGUUUAAGACGGCUGAAAUUAAGCAUAGGAUGCCUGUUUUUUUUUUACUUAAAGGAAUAGUUACUCAUACUUUUAGUUGCAUCUUGAGCGAAUGGAUAAGUUUUAAUGACAGGUCUUUCUAUUCUUGUAUUUUAUCCCAAAUAAAGCCAACAGAUGUUCCCUGUAUGUUGGCUGUGUGUUAACAGACCUUUGCCUUCUUGUUGCUUCUCAGAAAAUGAACCAUCUGUGUACGACCUGCAGUCUGCUGGAGGAGCCCCGCCUGUGGGAGGCUUCAUCUACAGAGGCUGCCAGUCCAGAAGACUUUAUGGCAGUUAUGUGUUUGGAGAUAAAAAUGGGUAAGUGCAAAAAAAAAAAAAAAAAAAAACUCAUUACAAGUUUGAAAAGUUAAAUUGUGGUCAAAUCUCUGCUUUUAUUGACAUGUACUCAAGUAACAAUAAAGUUCCAUCUUUUUGAGGGAAAAAAAGUUCUAUGUAACCGUAACCACAAUGGCAGAGCCCAUUGUGUGUGAGAGAGAUUAGACAUCUUUCCCCUGUGCUUUUCACACUUUUCUUCAGUUUGUAAUUUAUCCUACUUCACAGAUGUCAAACAUUGAUGCUUGAAUAAACAAAGGAGGUAAAUAGUGAGGAGGGGGUGCACACUAUCAGGAGUUGGAACUGUGUUUAAAACUAUGUGUGGUCGUUUAAUUCUGUGACACAGUACAAUUUGGGAGCAUAUUGUUGUGGCUAAGCGGAGGCUCCAGCACGAUGUUUGUUUUGAAACUAAAAGCCAACGUCUUAAAUAACACCAUGUGAGACAUGGGGUAGAAUAGGAGGAUGGGUCAAUGAACCAUGUUACAAGAAGUAAAAGUUCUCCUUGUUUCCAGAUUUCAACCUCAGUCUUUGUUAAAGGCAUUCUGUUACUAAGACAGCAGUUUAGAUAAGUAAGGGAUUAUCAUCUCAUCUAAGGUUCCUUAUUCGCACAAGAUAUUCUGUUAAAUUGAAGGAUUAAGGAAUCAACCUCUGCUGUGUAUUUUGUUUGUUUCAGUAACCUGCGAAUCCUCCAGAAGGCUACGCUGACAACAUCAGCAAACGAAGAGCAGUGGCAGGAGAAAGCCCUCUGUCUGGGCUCAGCUGGCUCCUGUGGCUCCACACUUGUGGGACACAUUUUGGGUUUUGGAGAAGAUGAGCUAGGUUGGCACUCAUUCACAUUCUCCGUCUCCUUAUAGAUGUCUAGUCUUUUUCCUCUCUUUUUUUCUCCUGCUUUGUUUUCUUCUCUCUAUUUCUGCAUGAAUGACAGCAGAAACAACUUCUCAAACACUUCUGGGUUUUACAGGAUUACCCCUUUCUUGAUAGCUUGUUGGUUUCAAAUGACGGAUAUCAAAACUCUCAAAGAAACGACACUAAGCUUUACUUUUUAUGUACAUUUAUCACAUUUACAUGAUUAUGUGCAUUUUCCACUUAGUUAUUUUUUUAUGUUAUGCACCAAACACAGCACGAUGCAUUAAAGUACCACUGAAAUUAUUGGAAAAGUGCAACAUGUAGCCAACAAGAAGAAACACUGAAAACAACACAGAAACUAAUACCCCUUCAACUCUCUGGGCCAUUCUCAACAGGAUAUUAAAUAGUGCAUACUUCCUUUUGGAUUAAUUGUCAUUUCCAUAAGAUAGCAGUGAUACUCCAAAGACCCACGUAUUGGCUGUGUGGGGCCACCUACAAGGCAGUGUUUUGCAUGGGUAGAGUGAUGUGUUACUGUUUACCUGGGGGGCUGCAGAAUAAAGAUAAGGCAGGGUGAGCUGAGGUGAGGAGACUAGUAUAACACAGAACGGUUUUACCAGUUGGACCCCCUCCAAAGACUCAGAAUUAUUAGCUGUCACCUCUGGUGUUUUUGAUUAAAAUGAAGCCAUAAUGUGGAUCAUUUUCACCACCAUCAGAAAUGUUUGAUCACACUUCUUGCCAGGUUUUGGAGUUAUUUGACAAGGUAUUUAAAGAUUUCUGCAUUUGAUCAUGGUUUGCUAGAGCUGCAGGAAUCAUGGAGGGGGUAGGCCCGUGUCCCAAAAUUGGGGCCCCACAGACACAUGUUUACAAUUUGUCCCCUUAUAGAAUUUUCUUGCAGGCUUGUUCCUCAUUAAAUUAUCUGCCUGGUUCCCAGUCAUGAGUAUCCAAUUGUCCCAUUAAACUCUUUCUUGCAGACCUUUGGUGAAAGCAGCAAUGCAGGAGCUUUGGCUACAGUCAUUCUCCUCAACUUUUCAUGUCUUCUCCUUUCAUGCUCUCCCCUCCUUUCCUCCUCCUUUCAUUUCAAAACAUGAGUUGCAUGGGUUGCAUGGAUAACGUGAAGCGAAAGCAUGUAAUUCAAAUGAUGCAUGGUCUAAUAUGACUGUUGCCUUUUGUUUUUUUGCAGGUGAAGUCUACAUACUGGCAAGCAGUAAAAGCAUGGUUCAGUCACACAGUGGGAAACUCUACAAACUGGUAGACCCGAAAAGGUACAACCACUAAAUACACUCUUUUUUAAACAAUGGUUUUAUUCCUCACUUGAAAAAGCACUUUGAAUGAGACUUAAAUGUGUUGUGUUUGUAAAAUGUGGUAAAAUACAGUUGUGUCUCAGCUCAGUCAAAAGAGAUCUCACUUUAUUUAAGCAUGCCUCCUUUUGAGUCUAAAAAGUAGUGGCACAAUCUCUUAUUAAAAGAUUUGUUGUAUUUUAUGAGUGAUUUUAACCCCACAGAUAAUAUGUCGACUGGGCAUGAUUUUAUACCAUGGUAUACAGCGGUUAUGUUUGAUGUACAACUGUGGCUAUGGGGAACCAUCACAAACAUCAGUAGAAUUGAUAAUUCAAACCAUCUGCACAUCCAGAUUCCAGGUGAUUGUUGCUGCUUUUGUUAUCAGCGUUUUUACAGGAAGUUAAAGGAGCUCCAACCUGCAGGGUUGAGCCCAUCUGGUUAGGUCAGCGAGAGAGUUGCGUCCAACUUCGGAACAUAAUGAGCGCACAAGAAAAUUCACAAACAAAAUAGUAUUUCUUAAGGCAAUGACAGAUAUGAUUAAGGAGUAAACUAAGUAAGAGAAGCAGACUCGCAGAGAGAUCAUUUGCAUGCCUGGGAGUCACAAUAGAAACAUAUCCGCAGCUGAUUAUUCCUGGGUGACGACAGUGCCACCCAGGCAUUAGUACAAUUAAUUACACCACAGAUGUUUCAAAGGCCCUGGUGGCUCGCUCUGUAUUUAUGUUUUCUGGCAAUGCCUCUGGAUGCAUUUCUCCCAAAGAACAAUUCUUUCCACCACCAAGUGGACUUGUUUAGUCUGUGCAGACCCUGUGGUGUUUGGAGUCUUGACUCCUAAUACACUCUGGCUUAGUUAUUAUGAUCUUGUUACAGAGAGGCUGGAAAGGGGGUGAUCAGGGGGAGUAAACGGGGUAGCUAACGUGUCUGACCUUAGCGUGUUAUCAAGUCUGGUGGUCCUCCCCUUAUUCUCUUUCUCAAACUGCGAGGACAUCUGGACCCUACAGCCUCCAUAUAAAGAGGUUUGUUUUAAAGUAAGGUGGUUUUGUGGUCGAGUAUAGCAUCUAGUGCUGUGUUUUGAUCAACUGUGUGUUUGGGAACAUAGAGGGGGAAAGAGGAACUGUUAGGGAGAGUGGUAAAGGCUUACAGGGAAACAUCGGCCAUAAAAUCCCUCAGCAGUGUUUGUGUAAACAUGUCCUGGCCAGAUGACUUCAUUUCUAGGUAUUUGUUUGUCAGUUGGAGUACCCCUCCAAUAAUAAAUAGGCCACCAUGCAUUUUGAAACACGCUGAAUGUGUGUGCUAUGAGUGUGUGUAUGUGAACGAGACAAAGAGCAGGACUGGGCUUGUUUGUGGUAUAGCAGUAGGAUAGAAAUAUUUCCUAUUGUAUAGUCUGUAUAAAAGCAUAGGAUUGUUACACAGUUCAACAUUGAGUGUUUGAUCAUCCUUGAGCAUUAAAAAAACUGUCAAUGCAAAUGGAAAAAAAUAGUAAGCUAGUAAGACCGGGCAUUUGGAAGCAUAAGACCAGUUUAUAAGAGUUUGAGUCUUAGUUUCUUCCUUGCUUUUGGUUUGUAGCAUCUAAUAUCCAAAACUUUAUUCACAUUUAAAAUUGUUCUUUAAGCAGAACUAUUGCUCUCAAACUGAGUAAAAAAUCAGCUUGAUUGUGGCUUACUCUGCACACAGUGGGCAGGUAUUCAGGCUGGGCAGACUACUUUGCAUUCCCACUGAGUCUGCUUUUGAUAACAUAAUUAUUUAUACAGUGAGAGCAUUAUAUUUAUGCCAGGAACAAAUACUCCUGGAAAGACCCCAUUCUUUUUGAGAAAUAAACAUACUAACAAAAGAAAGAUAUUAUGAUUCAGCACAAAACAAGGAUUUAUUUCAGCCCUCUGUGUAUAUACAAUACACUUUGGGGGCCGUAUAGUAAAGUUACAUGUUUAUUAUAACAUAAUUCAACAGGCACAUGUUGCACUCUGUCCAUGCGGUUGGACAGACUCAGCCGAGCCUUUACGGUCUGUCUUUGGCAGUGGCUUAAUUGUAACAUAUAGAGCCAGACCUCCUGCUGAUUUCUGGUGUAAAAUGCAAUUUGCCUUUUUGUUUGUUUCAGCCCCUCUGCAGAGAAGUAGGGAGAGCAGUAAUAUUGAAGGCUUUUCACACGUCCAGGUUUUGUCAGCUGCAGGCUGGACUGAUUGAAUUACAGUGUGCAGAGACCUUAAAAAGACACAUUGAACCUCGAAUAGGGUCCUGGGACCUCCUUUAUGAACUGCAUUAGCCAUGGAAGUCACAAAUCACUGGAUGUACAGGGGAAGGAGACUGCAGGCGCUCACUUGUGGAUAUAUUUAUCUGUAUGUGUGCCCCCUGCGUUUUUUGUGUGUACAGAUAUAAACUGUGUGGGUGGUGGGUACACGCGAACAUGCACAUCUGUGAGCCUGUGUGAGUGUGCGGUACGCAAGCUCCCAGUACUCUGCAGAAAAAAAGAGCCUUUUCUUUAUUUUCCUAUCCCUCCUAAAUCUUCCUACAUCUCUGCUGUGGUCCUCCCCUUGACAAAGCUGCUUGCCAGUUGCACUGAAUAGCCCUGGCUCCUACAAUACACAGUAAAUUUCUUGCACAAUUAAAACAAGGAAUGAAGCUACAAAAGAAGCCCCCAAACAAUGGAGUCAGAUGACAAAACAGCAAAAGAGACCACACUGGGCCGUUUGAUUAAGCCAUUGUUGGGCCUCACAAUGUACACCACUCCACUGCCCUUUUCUCACAUAUACCCCAUGUCAAUCAAACAGACCCUGUGAGCCAACAAGCUAAACGCACACCAACACACACAGACACACACGAACAUAAUAAUCAAGUAGGUCAGGCCAAUUUGAUGCUGUGAUUAAAAAAAUGUUAUAGUCUGUUCAUGAUUUGCUAAUUUUUCUUGUUUUUAGCCACAACUUCGCAGUUAAAAGUCAGACUUUCUAACUUCCUUGGCUAGUUGUAGUUUAUCUAUGACAUCAUCUGCCUUUUAUGCAACUUUCUAAUUUUGGGCAUCACCAUCAUUUCCUCCCUCUUUCUACCCAUGUAGCCACCUCAUGUGUGAGUGCUGUCGCCCUUAUUCCACUCCCUCUCUCACACAUACACCACCCCUCCCAAAGUUGAUAAAUUCCCACAGUGGCUGUUGACCCAGCUGCCUUUGUCAAGUGGCGCUACCAGCAGGUGCUGUUUUCACAGCCACCCUGGCAGUCGUACAGACUGUUUAGUAGCGCUGCUGACCCCUGCCUGCUAUUAACAGUGUUAGCCAUAGACCCCACCCCCCCCACACCCCCCUCCAUUACCAAUCCUCCAGGGACUCUUACUCUUUUUCUCUCUCCCUCUCUUUCUGUUUGCUUCCCUCCUUCGCUCUUUUUUUAACUACAUGCAGCCUGCAACAACAAAAGCCAACACUGAUGGAGGCUGGAGUUGGGUGCUGAUGGGAGCAUGGGAAUCAACCCCCCUUCUUGCCCUCCAUCCUCCAAAUUUAAAGCAACUUUAUCACACACACAAACACGCGGUUAAGAGUGUCGUCAGAGGACACUGCCAGUCAGCGUGUCAGUCAUUACCAUUUUUACACUUUCACAGUGAGAUAUAUAUCAUCACAAAGAAGCAUCAUAGUUACUGUCAUUAAUCCAAAUCUUCACACACAAUAACUCCUUUAUUAUCCUUUAUGUCUAUUCAACAAGUAACAGUCGGUACAUAGAGGAGUGUGUGCAAACUUAGUCCUCUGAGAUAGAUCAGUCAGUUCAUUUGAAAAUCGCUCUUUUCAGAUUAAAUAUAAAAAAAAAUUGCAUUUAUUGAGACAUGAUUGAUGAGGACUUUUCUCUCAAGGACUUAUCAUUUCACUCACACUCUGAUCUCACUACUGAUGCUCCCCAGCUCUCUAACCAGCAUCAGUGCACAGCAGGCCACAUACAGUACAUUUGUGUAAAGAGUGAACAUGUGUCCUUCAGGAUCUAGGAAACACAGUUGCCUGACAAUUUCUCUUUUUAACCUUAACACAUCUAUAUAGGAAAUCUACUGUAUAUUCAUCCCUUUAGCUCGACUGCAAACACACAUACUCAAAAAAAUGUGUGCGUAUGUGUGUGUGUGUGUGUAUGUGUGUGUGUGGGCUUGUGAGCAACAGCCACUAACAGACGCUUCACAUUCGAACUUCAUUACGCGCAGGCUGUAUUAUUUCCAGAUUUUAGGAGCGUGAUAUGAAAUAAUUCUGUUUCAGCCCAUUUGCUGAUGUGCGUGUCUGGAUGUUUGUCUUAAUAUGGAACAAUCACAGUAUGUUUCUUGGGUGUUCAGACCUGACACAUAUGGUGCGGAGAUGUUGAUGUUUGUGUGCAUGCGUGUGUGUGUGUGUAUGUGUGCGUGUGUGUGUGUGUCUGCAUUUUCCAAAUCGUGUUUAUAUCUGCGGGAGCCCCAUGUUAACCUCUAUGUGUUGUUUUGUUCGUCAAGUGGAGGGGAUUUGAGGAAAGCAUGAGUCAAAACAGCAAGAGCAACACUUUGAAACAUGGAUUCAUAGAUGUGUAGUCAAAUGUACAAAAACCUGCCAGUUUCGUACUAACUGACGGAGUCUAACAUGUUUAACUAGAGUAUGUUUUUACAAUAUUCAAAUACCUGCAGUGAUCAGAGUACGCACAAGGUAAAUAUUAGAGUGUGUUACUGACAGAACCACAAAUGGAAGUAUUAGAAAGUAUCUUGGGUGCACAAUCCUCGCUCUUUUGUUGAGACAUUUUUUAAAAGACAGCCAUGAAUGAAUUUUUGCAUGAAACAGUGUUGAAACUGUGGCGAUCUGGCAAAGAAGAACUGAUGCGUGUCGGUGGGUGGGACUUCUCACUGAAAGGCCCCUAUUUCUAAACAAACUGUGUGUAGUUUUUCCUUUUUGGAUGUUCCACGAAACCUGCCGAUUUUUCCACUUGGCAAAGCAGCCGACAGAACAAACACUGAGCUGAUUAGCCGCACACCACACUUGCUUUCCUUACAUAAAUCAAUACAACCAUGUCAACACCCACCAUUAUUUUCCAUACAGUCACUAUCACUGUGCACACUUGGCAUACUUAAGAUUUAUGUGAUAGAUUUAAAGGUAUUUAAGUGGAGAUAAUUGAUUGAUUAAGAUUUGGGAUUCAAGUUAUAACUGUACUCAAUUGAUAGUAAUAUCCUUGAUAUGUAGAAUAGGACGAUAAUAAAGACCCAAGUUAAGCUGCUGUCAAUAGAGAAAGGCCGGAACUUCUUGUGUGCAUCAAUUGGCCUAAACUUCAGCCAAAAGUGCUGAACAUGUUAAUAUGGCAGCAUCUGUUAAGUCCCAGGGACAGGCUCCUCAGGUGUUUGCAAAAAGUCCAUCUGACCCCAAGCAAAUGUUUGUCUACCAUUAUAUUACUUUAAAAUCUCUAUCAGCAGAAAUCAGCAGCACAAAUCAUUUAUUCCAGCAUAUUAAAAGCAAGGGCAGCCUGACAACACCUGCUAAUGUCACCUAGGUAAUCAGAAUCAGAAUCGCCUUUAUUGUCAUUGUACACAGUACAACGAAAUUUGAGCGCCACCCCCUUUGGUGCAGAGCAAUUGUUCUAGUAAAAAAUAAAUACUAAAAUGAAAGCCAACACAAGAUUAGUUAAGAAUGAAAAAAAAGAAAAGUAAAAAGGCAGUAAAAUAUAUGGGAUAUAUAACAAAAAGGAAUGAUAUGAAACCACACUUUUUGCUAAACUAGAGAUUUCUGUCCUUUCUUUGCUCAAAGUUCAACUGUGAAUGUUCCUAAUUUACUCCUUGGCAAAGAUCCUACUGCUUGUUUGUAUAUUUGUGAAUAGAGGUUCUGAGAUUUUGUUGAAAAAAGGAAAUCUGUGAUAUUGGAUACAUGAUGACAAACGUUUUAGAGUUGUAUUACGGAGAUCUCAGUCAUACAGGCUUGCAGUAUCCUCAGAUUUGUUCAGUUACAUCACUGCAUAGUCCGACUUCCUGUGUUUUUGUUAAAGUGAUAUUUGAUAUCAGCUUCCUCUCUUCUGACAACUGUUGCAGGCCUCAUGCCCCUAAAGAGUGCCAGCGUCAGGUGGAGCCUCCAGAGCUGCUGAUGACAGCUUGUUCCAGACACUGUAAGAACGGACACUGUACGCCUACUGGCAAGUGCUGCUGCAGCCCUGGCUGGGAGGGACCCCUCUGCAGAGUUGGUGAGUGACUUUGUGUCUUCUGCCUUACAGAGAAGCUCCACCCGAGCAAACAUCUGCCAUUUUUACAAGAUAACCUAAAAGUUUGUUAAUUUUUUGUUACUGGAAUUUUGAAAGACACAAAACACCAGUUUGUGUUCCUUCUCCUGUUUUCUAACCUCACAUUUACUCACUCUUUGUUUCUCGUCUUCUCUCUGUGGUCUUAGCUAAAUGUGAACCAGUCUGUCGCAACGGGGGAGUGUGUAUGGAGCCUAACAAGUGCCUGUGUAAGAGUGGCUACUCUGGGGCCCAGUGCGAGAAGAGUGAGCGGGGUAUGCCCAACGACCAGGAGAAAGACGGCAUACUGGACCACAUUAUUGACAUGACCUCAUACCUCCUGGACCUGACCAGCUAUAUAGUAUAGGGGUGCGCAGAGGGGAGCUGCUCCCCACUGUCAUCCUCAAGUUGACACAAAUCUACCUACCACCACCAGCAGACUCCAGCAAGGUGUCCUUAAUAAGGCUUCAUAAUCUCCUUCAUACCCACACAGGCAUGUACACACACUCACAAACACACACACACACACAGGACCCAUGUCGGACUGCUUUUCAUCCUGGUCACCAAGCUCUUCCUCUUCUGCCAAUAAGCUAUUUGCUCCUGAGCACCAGGCCUGGCAUCCAAGCCGUGUUCACAUUUCAAAGAGACCCACAGACACCAGGGACGUGAUUGACAAGCAUGGCCAAGUAAAGGAAGUUCAGCAUACUUCCUCUGUCGUUCAGAAAACGUCACACACGGGUCAGUCCGCAGGAACAGGAACUUUGCAGGAGCAGGACUUUGGACCUUCUCAAGGCUAUCUGUAGCCUAACCUAAGACCCCUCCAACACCCUAGAAAAAAGGAGUCUGAGGCACUUCGGUAGGGACAGUUGAUUGUUCGGGGGUUCUUCCGUAAUACAAAGUUUGAAGCAGUGGUAUGGCAUAAGGUCCGGUUUGUUCCUAUGGUCCCAGCAAACCCCAGUAAAAUAAAAGUCUGCUUAUACAAACUUUGAGGAAACACUCUGCAGCUCUUCUUUGUUUUUUUUUUCAAAAGCCGAGAAGUCGAUUAGAGUCGUUGAUCACGCAGAAAUGCUUUGUGCUACACUAUUCUAGGGCACCAAGGCAGGAGUGAUGAACCAUGUUGUCUCACCUAUGAUGUUGUAUGUAGUUUGUGGGCACAUUGUCAUGAAACACUACAACAGUAUACAGUUAGUAUACUCUGCUUCACAACAUUCACUUUGUAUCAAUGUACAGAAUGGAUUUACAGCAAAAAGGACCAGUACAGACACAGAAACAGGAGCGACUGAGAUUGUCAAAGCCAGUCUCGAUCUGAGAGGAGUUACCCACUCCCAUGCACUGUAUACAUGUUUUAUUUCAGUCACUUGAUUAUUCUAAAUGAAUCUGUCAUUCGAAGCGCGAUGAGAGUAGUUUCACAUCUUCACACAUGCACCAUCAAUCGAUCACAGGUAUGGUUUUACAAACUCCUGUCAUUGCGUCACACUGAAAGUGAACCUGAACUCAAAACUACAAAGGGAAGAGAUAGUGUGGUGAUGUAUAUUUCCAAUAGAGCUUACCUGAAUACUACUUAGCAUUGCAAAAAAAACUAUAGCAUUACUAUUGUUAUCAUAGAGGCGGGUUUAUUUUUUUAAGCGUAAUAAUAUAUGGGAGAGAAUGGUGUUUAUAGAAAGCAGUUUUACACUAAGCUUGUCAGUUCAUGUUUUCUUGUACUUAAACAUACGCAGCUUUUCCCUCUGUCAAAGAAGACACAAAGUGUGUAAAGUAGUGCAUGUCUGUACCUGCAUUUAGUGAUUCCCAGCAGUCCAUCUCAAUCCUUUGCGUGGCGUGUGGUUCCAUUACCACUGUCAGAAGCGUGUGUGUGUGUCAUGAGAUGAUCAAAGAUCCUGUUGCGCCAUCAAGUUGCUGUGGAAGCAGAACACAGUCAAAAGAGGCUCUUAUCUACAAACAGGAAAUUAAAGAUUAACCUUAAAUCUAAUGAAGUAUGUUCAGACAUUAGAAUAAUGACUCCUACACUGUAAGGAAACAGUUAAACAAAGACCCACUUGUUUGGAGCUCAAAUAAUGUGCUUUUUUUUCUAGCAACCAGAGUGAAGUUCAAGAUGCAGCUCACAUUUGAUCUUUUACCAUUUCCAUUCCAUAAAACAAGUCUGGAUUGAACCACCAAACAUUCAUUUUAAUAGUCUUGGAAGUCAACAUUUGCAGUUCUGCUCUCUCCUCAACCUUUAUUUUGAAAACCCGGUUAUCAUGGUUAAUUUAAGUUUCAUGUCAGUCAAUAUGUCCACCUUCCUCCUCUCCAGCUUUGCUUGUGUUUGCUGAAAGAAAUCAACUCUACCUGGUCAAAAUGGAAUUCAUGCUGUAAAAUGGAAAAUUAAGAUUUUUUUUAGCACUUAAUGUGAAAUGUUGCAUUGUAGCUGCUGAGAAGGCGUGGUGUGAAUAGAAUAACCAUUUUCAUUAUUUAAGUAGUUACACAAAUAAGAUAAUUAUUUAAGUUCUCUAUGUUGUUUUUACCAUUGUACUGUAUGCGACAAUUUUUUAUUCCUGUAUUGUAAAUAAAACUAGGGAUAACUUUGUUUCUCUACAGAAAUACCAAUAUGUCUAUUAAAAUUUAUAGCAUGUCUGAAA